AUGUCCGGUUCUAUCAUCCGUCUCUCCCUGCACUCACAGGCAUCGCUCAUCGUCAAGAACCUUGAUUCCGCCACCAGCAAUCUCGCCGACGCCGUGCGCGGCGGCCCGAACAAUAUCGACCGUACGGAUCUCAAAGAAGCAAUUGCAGCCGUUGGAUUCGCUCAGUCGAGCGAGAACUACCUCGAGAUUGCCUUGCAGGCGAAAUUCCAAACCGUCAGUGGCAAGGCGAUCGGGCAACUCCAGACGGCCGCUGCUGCCCUGGGCGACGAUCUUAAAGCCCUGCGAGCCGUCCUCCUUGAACUCAAGAAUCUUAACAUCGAGCGCGCCUUUUCCGCUGCGCUCUCGACGGAUCAGUAUCAGCCAGCUGGCGAGGCUUUCGACCAGCACCAAUCCCUGACCGAGGUGUUCCAAUCCCAGCUCGCCAGUUCCAGUAACGCGGAUAGAAAAGAUAAGCCGACGCCGAAGGCGAAGGUAGACGUGAAGGGAAGGCCGGUGGGUCACCACCCUCCGGGCGUGGGCGGUAAGGGAGGGAAGAACGUUGGGCAAUAUGAGCCAGAUAAGGGACACCACCCGAAGGGAAAGGGCGGCCAUUCCGCGCCAGCCAAUCAGACGACCGUUAAGAGCGGCAGUGCCCAGGGCAGUCAAGCAACCAAUAAGAGCUCGCCUAGGAGCCCUGCCAAUAGUCCCGCUAAGAGUCCUGCGAAGAGUCCCGCUAAGAGUCCUGUAAAGGCUCCUAUUCGGGCGAAUACCGGGUACAGAGCAGUCCGAACGGCGUCUACUAAGGCGGAUAAGACGGUCGCUCAAGACGGUAGCGGCGACUAUAAGAAGCUGCAGGAUGCUGUAAAUGCGGUGCCGGACAAUUCCGUCAUUUAUAUUAAGGCUGGAGUGUACAACGAGAUGGUAUCUAUAUACAAGAAGGGGAUUACCCUUAUCGGGGAUGGCAUUGACAAGACGAUCAUUACUGGGUCCGCCAGCGUAUCGUCAGGAUACGACAUCAUAACGUCAGCAACGAUCGGCGUAAACGGUAACAACUUUGUCGCGAAGUACAUGACCAUUCGCAACACCGCUGGCCCUUCGGGGCAACAAGCCGUCGCCCUGCGCCUAGAUUCCGAUCAGGCUGCACUGUACCAAGUCAAGUCCGGAGCGCUGUGUGGGAUUGUGGUGAUUGACAGUGAUGUGAAUGGUGACUAUGGCGACAUCUACUUGGGGCGGCCGUGGAAGGAGUAUGCUACCAUGGUGUUUAUCAACACUGACCUGCCUGCGGUGAGUGGAACCAUGAUGUUGCUCUUCUGCGCUGUAGUUUGCCUUGGUGUUGCCGGUGUGCAAAUGGCCAUGUUUGUUUAA